AAUAUUGCAACCUGCAAACGAGUCUAACUAGACGUAAUGGAUGGGUAUUCUAAAUGGAGGAGUUUUACCUAAACUCCACUUGCUAAUCAUUUCGGAUCAGCUCCGCUAGAACAUGGAAACCCACCCGGCGAACCGUCUACCGGAGGCAGACUCGCUUCCGGACGGGUUCGUCGAGAGCUCUGCGGAGGCGCCGCCUGCUGCCAAUUCGCACGAGUCUCCGCGUGAUCGAUCAGGUCGGCUGGGAGAUGGAUCGCCGGUCUUUAGGACGGCUGUGGAUGAUCUGAGGAGCGAUGGAGCACCAGAAAGCGUGGAAAUGAUAAGUACUAAUGCUGCAUUCAAUGAUUCUGUUGAUGUAGACGCACCGGAUGCCAGUAGCUCUCUGGAUUACAAAGAGGUGGAACUCUUACAGGACACGGGUCCAUCUUAUAAAGACGAGCAAGAGCAUUCUCAUAGUUCCGUGUUAGGCACUGAAGGAGGUUUAGAGUUGCAUGCCUGUAGCCUAAAGGAAAGCCAUACAGAAGAACACACUGGGUCCUUGACAUGCCAAAAUAAACAAGAAACUAUAGAAGUGAAACGCAAGGCUGGCAAACACAGCUCAAAGCUAGAAAAGGAGCUCGUGGAGUUAACUUUGAAAUAUCAAAAAGUUAUUUCCGAAAGAGAUGCAGCUGUUGCGGUGCGGGAUAGACUAGAGUCACUUUGUCGGGAGCUACAACGUCAGAAUAAAAUUCUAAUGGAAGAGUGCCAACGGGUAUCAACAGAAGGGCAAAAUAUGAGAUUGGAUCUGUCUAAGAAAUUUAAUGAUGCAAUUAAGGAUGUAAACAGUAAGCUUGAAGAGCAGAAACAUGACUGUCUUUCUCAAUUGAAAGAGAAUGAGAUGCUAAGGAACAAACUAGUACUUCUUGCUGACCAAUAUUCUCUUUCUGAGCAACAAUUCGCUCAAAAGCUAAAGCAGAAAACACUUGAACUUCAGCUUGUUGACCUAAAGAUGCAGCAGCAGCAAGAGAGGUCAGUUCAGGAGCAAUCCCAGAUGCAGUCGUAUGUUGAACAGGUAACCCAAUUGUUGGAAACUGAGAAGAAUUUAAGAUUACAGCUAGCUGCUGAUGGAGAAAAAUUUCAGCAAUUUCAGGAUGCAUUGAUGAAAAGCAACGAGGUCUUUGAAACAUUCAAGCAGGAAAUGGAAAAGAUGGCGAAGUUAAUAAAGGAGCUUAAGAAGGAAAAUGAAUUUUUGAAGAGCAAAUGCGAGAAGUCGGACAUUGCACUUGUAAAACUUGUGGAAGAGCGUGAACAUAUGAAAAAGAAAGUUGAGAAAUCAAAAAAUCAGAAGGAAAAGCUGGAGUCUUUAUGCCGGUUACUACACGCAGAGAUAAAACAGAACUUGGUGGGGACUAACAACAUUGAUUCAAAUAGCAUGCAAGCUAAAGCAGAUUCCACAAACGCAACCAUCUAAAAGCAGAAUAUUUUCUUAUACUUUUUUGGCUUCAGGUGUUUGGAAAGAAAUUACGAACUGGAGAAAUAUUGUGAGUUUAUGGCUUGUCAAUUACCUUUUACAUACAAUUUAGUUUAUAGACCAAAAAAUUUAUUAUCUUAAUAGAAUUUAUUUAGUAUUCAUUCAAGUUUCUAA